UCUUUUCUUUUUUCUUCGGCCUUCAUGGCUUCAUCGUUCAUAAUUAAUUUUCUUAUUAUUUUAUAAUUAUUAUUUUUCAAAAUAAAAAACUCCGGCCAGAGAAAACGGUCUAUGUUAAUGGCGGAGCUCGUAGAACUCCGCUCGGACCUCAGAUCUCCAUAUCUCCACUAUUUUCAGCGGUUCUUUUAUUACGAAGCUAAUUUCUGAUUGAUUCGUUGUAUUGGUCUCAGGAGGUGAGAACGUAAGAGGAGGGGGGAGGGGUGGGGGGAUUUGUGAUGUCUUUAGACGAAGAGGACAAGCAAUGGACUUGUGUAAAGGCGGGUACGGUCAAUUUGCAACUUAUAAGUUCUAUUGUUCGCGAUAUUCGGGAGCCUUGCCUCCAUUCACCUACAAAGAUUAACAAAAUGCUUAAGCCAGAGAAGUGGCAAGCAACUUUUGAUAGCAAUGGGAGGGUUCUUGGCUUUCAAAAAGUACUUAAAUCAAUUGUUUUGGGGGGUGUGGAUCCAUCUAUAAGGGCAGAAGUUUGGGAAUUUCUUCUCGGUUGUUAUUCACUUGGCAGCACUGCAGAUUACAGAAGACGACUGAGAAUGGCUAGGAGGGACCGAUACAUGGAUUUAAUUAAACAGUGCCAAAUGAUGCAUUCAAGCAUUGGUACUGGUUCUCUUGCCUAUGUUGUGGGGUCAAAAGUGAUGGAUAUGAGGACAGUGUCUAAAGAAAGUGGUAAAAGGGAAGCGGAAGGAGAGAGUAGACAAGAUUUUGAUGAUACAACUAAUGAAAUAGAGACUUACUGUGAUUGUAAUAAUAACCAUAUAGAUACAUCAUACACAUGCCAAGGGGACAGCUCUAGCGAUUCAGCUGACAUUAUCAGCAUUAUGGGAAGCACAGAUGGUGCGGUAUAUGACUCUUCAUGUCCUAUGCCUUCUUCUGGUCCUUACAAUUGCUUUUCCCCAAUGCCAGGGGAAGAAGCUCAUGUAUCAAAAUACAUAAAUGAGACUUAUUUUGACUUUCCUCCUUUACCUGUCACAGAUUUGUUUGAACAAAGUGACAGGGAUAAGAAAGAAUCUGAAUUGCAUAAUGAUAGACUAUCUGCAGACUUGAGAUGGCCUGAUGAAAACAUGCACAGCUUUCAAAUUAGUAAUAACAUAGAUCUAAUUAUGGAGUCAAAUGGUUCACCAUCUGAUGGUGUCUCACAUGCAAGGAACCCUGAAACUGAGAUGGCUACAUUGGAUAUCCACAGAGAAGAAGUCAAGGAAAUAAAGUUGGAAUGCAAAACUGAAGCAGUAAAUGGGCUUAGAAUAUCUGAUGUUCAAGAAACAAUAAUGAUGAAUGCAACCAUGACUCAAGAAGGAAGUGUUAGUGAAGACAGAGUUUCUGAGUGGCUUUGGACUCUUCACCAAAUAGUUGUUGAUGUUGUAAGAACAGAUAGCAAUCUAGAGUUUUAUGAGGAUGCAAAGAACCUAGCUAGGUUGUCAGACAUUCUUGCUGUUUAUGCAUGGGUUGAUCCUGCUACUGGGUACUGCCAAGGUAUGAGCGAUUUGCUGUCUCCUUUUGUUGUCCUCUAUGAGGAUAAUGCAGAUGCAUUUUGGUGCUUUGAGAUGCUUUUGAGGAGAAUGAGGGAAAAUUUUCAAACAGAAGGUCCAGCUGGAGUUAUAAAGCAGUUGCAAGCAUUGUGGAAUAUCUUGGAACUUACUGACAGGGAAAUGUUUGCACAUUUAUCACAAAUAGGAGCUGAAAGUCUUCAUUUUGCUUUCCGAAUGCUGUUGGUGCUUUUCCGUCGAGAGUUGUCAUUCAAUGAGGUUCUUUGUAUGUGGGAGAUGAUGUGGGCUGCAGAUUUUGAUGAAUCUGUGGCUCGUGAGUUAGAGGAUCAUUGUCUUGAACCAUUGGUGGUACUGCUUCCAAAGGAUUCAGGUACAGAAACUGGAGAUGAAAGUGCGGAGAAUGGUAAUGGAAGUUCAAUUGAAGGCUUACAUUCCAAACAUGGAAGUUUAGAACGAUCCCUGUCUGAUGCCAGUGGUAUGAAAUCAGUGUCAAGUCGUCCCUUUUGUGGAUUGACUAGGAAUUUUUGGUCAAGGAAUGCUCGCAUGCAGAUCUGCACUGUAGUCUCAUCAACAAAAGAAGGGGAUGAUGAAUUACCUGUCUUCUGUGUUGCAGCAAUUCUAAUCAUCAACCGCCAAAAGAUCAUAAAGGCAACCCAUUCAAUUGAUGAUAUGAUUAAGAUUUUCAAUGAUAAGAUGUUGAAGAUUAAUGUUAAGAGAUGCAUACGUACAGCCAUCAAACUUCGAAAGAAAUACUUGUACAAGCUGAUGAAGGUAAAGAGCCUAGCCAGUUCAGAACAAUGACAGUUCAUUUUCUGCUCCAAUGAUAGCUUUGUAAUUGGAUUAGAAGUUUUACACUUCUCCAUGGUGGUGAAAUUCUGGGCUGAUACCCAAUAAUUGAAGUUUUUGAAGUCAUGUUCAAAAUAUCCCUGUCAUUUAUAUUGGAGGAUGUAAAAGAAAAGGGGGCUAUGCAACACAAAGACAUCUCCAGUUAUUUGAUCCACCAAUUCUUUUUCAGCCCUAGUUUGAGCCAGUGAAGGGUCUCAACAAGUGGAGAUGCUUCCUCCUGGCUGCAACCAGGUAUUAUCAUGGGAGCUGCAACAGCCCCACGGAUGCCCCCUCAGUGAUCAGAUGGAAAAUAGCUCACCACCAAUAAAUAUUUAUUUUUCUUUGUUGUAUCUUGAAAGGGAACAAUGGUCAGUUUUGAUUGAUUAUCCUUUGUAUAUGUCUAUAUAAAUACCAAACUUUGAAUGAAAAUUGUUGGAAAUUCCAACUAGAGUGUUC